UGUGUGUUGCUCCACCUACUUCCCUCUUCUUCACAUGCUGACCAUUCCGUCCUGAGAGAUUCAAGGGAGGGAAAACACCCACUUUCUGGAAGCGGGAAAAGUGAAACUGAGCAGUUAACUUCCUGGUGGGACAAGAAAUGGCGUCUGCUACCCUUCAGGAUCUGUGCGAGGAAGCCGCUUGCUCCAUCUGUCUGGACUAUUUCGAGGAUCCGGUCACCAUUGAAUGUGGGCACAACUUCUGCCGAGCCUGCCUAACCCAGAGCUGGGAGGGGUCGGAGGGGGAAGAGGCAUCCUGCCCUCAAUGCAGAUCAAAUGUCCGGAGGAGCCUCGUCUCCAAUCGGCAGCUGGGAAACUUUGUAGAAUUAACCAAGAAGCUCCGUCUUGAAGAGGAAAUGAGAGCCACGGGAAAUGGGAGAGCCUGUGACAAACACCAGGAGCCCCUGAAGCUCUUCUGCAAGAACGACGAAGCCCCCAUCUGCGUGGUGUGUGACAAGUCGAAGGAGCACCGAGAUCACAAGGUGGUUCCUCUGGAAGAAGCUGUCCAGGACUACAAGGAUCUCAUCUCCAGCCGCCUGAAGCUUCUGGAGGUUGAGGGAGCCAAAAUUUUAACACAUAAAGCAAAAACUGAAGAAGAAAGCCAAGGAUUAUUUAAAGAGAGAAAGGCUGAGAUGGAAAAGAGAAAGGAACUGUUCAGAGAACUUCACUCCUUUUUGAAUGAACAAGAGAAGCUUCAGUUGGCCCAUCUGGAAGAGGGGGAGAAGGAGAUUGCAAGGGAAAGGGACAAGUACCUGGCCAGGCUCUCCGAGGAGCUCUCCUCUCUUGGAGGUCUCAUCCGGGAGAUGGAGCAGAAGCGUCAGCAGCCCCCAGAGGAACUCCUGCAGGAUGUCAGAAACCUCUUGAAAAGUCCUAAGAACAAGGAGCCCUUUCAGAAUCCUGUGGCUUUCCUUCAUGACCUGUGCUUGGAGAUCGGUUUUAUCCAAAAUAGGAAUCGGUUUCUAGCUGAGAAGACAAAGCAGUUCAGAGAUACUGUGUUAUCUGGAUCCGGACUAAAGAAAGGAUAUUGACAAAGAAGCCUUGCUUGGGUUCCUUUUCCAGUGAUUGGACAUACUGGAACA